AAUAGUACAAUCACAAAACCUAGUCCUCCUCAGCAUCGCUUCUCCCGUCUCGAUUUCCCAUCCUCAUUGCGCAGGAAGUUACCGAUUUCGUUCACUUCAUCAAGAUUUCUGCUUCGAAUUUUCAAAAUCUCCUUCUUCUUGGUUGUUUUUCCCUGUCUCAGAGCUUCGAGACACUGAAAGCUCGAUUCUGCACUGGUUUGGAGCUUCUGUUUAGUGAGGAUGUCUACACCUUUGACGCCUUCUAAGAGACCACUUGACAGGAGCCUUGCAGAGCCAAAUGGGAGAGGGAAAUUGCAAAAAUCAGCAAGCUUCUCGAAAUCUUCACCUGGUAGUAUUAUUUUCCGUGUGGUGUUACCUGCUUCUAAAACUGGUACUUUCAUCGAAAAAGGCGGGACCAUCGUAUCCCAAAUUCAACAAGAAACUGGUGCAAAAGUCAGAGUUGAGGAAACAAUCCCUGCAUCUGAUGAGAGAGUGAUUGUCAUAAUGGGUGGUCCUGAGUUGUCCAGUGAAGAUACUGAAGUUUUAUCCAAGCAGAGCAAGGAGGGCAGUGGUGAAGAGGCUAAUGUAGCUGAGGAGAGUGGAGAGAAAAGGGAAAAUGGCAAAAAUGAUGAGAAUAAGGAAUCUGAUUCUCUGAGAGAUAUGAAGUCUGGAAGGGAAAGUUCAGCUCUUCAGAAGGCUUUGUUACUUAUUUUUGAAAGAAUAGUUGAACCUGAGCCAAAGAAAGAGGGAGGUGUUGAGGAAACUGAUAAGUCUACUACUGUUAUUUUAAAGUUGCUUGUGCUUUCUAGUCAAAUUGGCUGCCUUUUGGGAAAGGGUGGCAGCGUAAUUAAGCAAAUGUCUUUUGAGAGUGGUGCACAGAUUCGAAUUAUUCCUAGGGACAAACUUCCUCCUUUUGCUUCAGCUACUGAUGAACUAGUUCAGAUUGCAGGGGAGUUGGAUGCAGUUAGGAAAGCCAUUCAUUCUGUCUCUCAGCAACUUUUGGAGAAUCUGCCAAAGGAUCAUGACACUUCUACUCCCAUUGUAGCAGGGCAGUCAUCUCAUUCAUUUGGUCCUAGGCCUGAUGUGUAUCCACUACCAAACCAUUCUUUCAGUUCUCAAGGAGCACCCUACACUGCUGGACCUCGAGAUGUUGAUUUUCAUUCUGCAAUACCCCCUCCCAUCUCUGGGAGAAUGAUGCAUCCUCCAGAUGUGCUAACAUUCCGCUUAUUGUGUCAUCAUGAUAGAGUAGGAGGUAUUAUUGGAAAGGGAGGAGCAAUAAUCAAUACCAUUACCCAAGAGACGGGCUCUGAGAUCAAAGUUAUUGAGGGCACUCCUGAUUCACCAGACCGCAUAAUUCUGAUAUCUGGUCCUGUGCAUCCUGAUGAUAGAAUAUCCGCAGCACAAGAUGCAGUCAUUAGGGUGCACACCAGGAUAGUUAGGGCUAUGCCUGAUGGAAAUGAAAAGGCAGUGAUGGCAAGACUGCUUGUAUCCUAUAAUCAAAUUGGUUGUCUCCUUGGCAAGGGUGGUUCCGUCAUAGCUGAAAUGAGGAAGUUAUCUGGUGCUCAUAUUCGGAUAUUGGGUAAGGAUCAGGUUCCAAAGUGUGCGUCAGAGGGUGAUGAAGUUGUUCAGAUUAAUGGAGAAUAUGAAGCUGUUCGAGAGGCUCUUCUUCACAUAACAUCCAGAUUGCGAAAUCAUUACUUUCGCAAUUCCUUUCAUGCUAUCAACCAUCCUUCAAAUCCUGCCUAUCUGGAUCAAGUACGUUCUUUCCCUCCGUAUAUGGGAAGGAGAGAACUCUCCCCUCCUGGAUUAGGUCCACCGUUUCACCAUUUUGAUGCUUUUGGUUUUCAUCCUCAUGAUGACCCCCCUUUUAUGCACAAUGUUCAUAGACCAAGCGUGCUACCUCAUUUGUCAGAAAGAAAACCAUGGGGCCCUCAGGGAUUUGUUGGCCCAAUGGGCAUGCCAGAUUUUGCUGGACCUCCCCACAGAAGAAGUUUGGGUUUUGGAGGUUAGUACCCACUUUUGUUUUCUUUUUUAUGUCAGUGGGCUAUUCAUUUGUUCUGAUAAGUAAUCAUAUUUCAGAUGAUGCUGUUACCAUCUGCACUACCAUAACACAUCACAAGUUUUAAUUGACUCCUGUCUUGUCAUGGCGUGACAAUCUAAAUGCUCAAGCUGAGCAUCUGAUUAAUGACUCUUGUAUUUUAUCCAAGUUAGUUUGUCUAUAGCCCUUGUUUGACCCUUUUCAGUUUUUUGAUGGUAUUGUCGCUUAGUAAAAUACGAUAAGUUUUGUCCUUACUUUUUAUUUCCAGUUCUGGUAGGAGCACAUCCUUCUUACUGAUUGUGUAGCACCGGGUAUGCCUGGGGUGGGAUUGUAAGCAUUCCACAUGGGAUUUGGAUUAAUAGAGCACACUUAUCCAUUGUCCCAAAAUAUAAAAACACAAAUACCACUAUCAAGUAGUUUUGUAAUAUAGAAAAGGAAAUGCAUGAGUGUAAUUGCUUAAAAACUAUUAAACAUAUUUGUGAGGCUCGAUUAUUCUUGGCUCUGGAAGGGCUUGUAUACUUUGAGACUCUGCACCAGUCCUUCAACUGAUCCUGCUGCGGCCACAAGUGACACUAUCAUACAGGCCCAGCUGAGCACCUUCAGCGAUAUCCAGGUAAAAGAAUACUUCUGCAUUUUUGUUUGUGCAAUGUGCAUUUCUAUCGGAAAGUAGACUGUUAAUAGCCAGAAUGAUGCUGCCCUGAUGAGACCCACGAAGUCAUUGAGGAAUGGAAAGAUCAUGGUCACCACAACCGUCACAAUGACAUAUGCCGUCCUCCACACCAACCUGAAGAAGUUAAAAUGGUAUGCGCCAAAAAACAGAAUACGAAUUUCAUGCUCCUCUGUUAUGAACUUGUUUUCACGCCAUUUUUCUGAGCAUCUGCUCUCAAAAAUCUUGAAUAGAGGCUGGCUGGAAAGCUGGAUGGACAAUAAUCAUGUUAGGCAGCA